AUGUCUAAUCAGGGAGACUAUUACUCGUAUAUUUAUAUACCAGUAAAAUGCAACAAAGAUAUUAAAAAAAAAUGUGAAUUUUGCUUUGGCCUCUUGCACAAACUACUAGAAAAACAGCUGGGUAUAAGCACAAAUGAUAACGAUUCAUCUAAUUCUCAAAAUAAAAAAAAGGAAAAGGAAAUUAAAAAACAUAUUUUUUACCAGCUAUAUAAAUUAAAUGAUGAUCAAACAAAAUUUAAACAAGCAUCACAAAACAAUUCUAUGGAUAUGUUACAUAUAACCAUUGCAGAUUCUUUGAAAAUAAAGAGGCAUAUGAUUGAACCGUUUAUUGAAAAAAUACGAGAAAACCUAAAAACCCAAAAAUGUUUUUACCUCUUCUUUAAAAACACAGUUGAUUUAUACAAAAGCCAAAAAAACGACAAAUAUUUUUGUGCUUAUUCAGUAAAAGAAGAAGACCAAGAAAUCCAUUUAAAUUCCAUAAUGGAAAAAAUUAACCGUAUACUAAGUGAUUUUGGUUUAAGUGAUAUUUUUUCUACUAAUAGAAUCUGUCAUAUGUCAUUAGCAUAUACCGAUAUAAGUUUAGAUGGACUUAUACAAAAUAAUAGUUUAAAUAUAAAUGAUAAUAUUUGGUUUGAUAUAAAUAAAAUAAUUAACUAUAACAAUGAUCAAGCUCAAAAUGAGGUUAAUGAUUCAAAUGAGUUUUAUAUAUACGUUAAUUCUAUUUCUAUUCGCGUAGGAAACCAAAUAUAUGAAAUACCAUUCAAUACUAUUGCUGGGUAUUCAUAUGAACUAUGUACAGAUGAUUCAUAUAAUGAUAGCAGUUCUAGUGAGUAA